CUAGAAAAAAAUCAAAUGUCAAACUUUUGUCGAACAAAAGUCAAGAGAAUUUCGUAAUGAAAUUAAAUCGCCAAUAGAUAUACAUGUUAAAUGUUGUACGUACCUAAAUGCAAGUUACCUACGCACGACGGUAAAUUAAAAUUCGACUAUAAAGACGCUUGCAGACAAUCAUUGGACCGUCAAAGUUCGAACUGCGAGUUUGGACCAUGGUAACGCAAAACAUGUAGUUAGCAAUACAGACAUAACAGUUAUUAGUUUGUAUAAUACAACCAUAGAUCUUAUAAACAUGGAUGGGACGUUCAUAAUUGAGGCUUAUGUAUUUUUCGGUCCUGAUAAUAAUUUGAGGCCGUUUGUUUACAUUUUUGUAUGACAACGAUUAUGUAACUACCUAUGUAUUGAUAAUUAAUAGGUACUCAGUGUAGGCAUAAUAUUGUAUUUGACCUCAAUUCGUAUAGUUUCAUUCAUCACUGAUAAGACGUUAUGUCCUAUCCAUGUGACCAUGUUUAUGAGAUAUAUGAAAACAACAGACUAUAAUAGUACAGCCGCUGCAGCAGCUGUCGUGCAGGUUUGCGGUAACCUGCACGGUAUAGGUAUGGCGGUAAGAAAAUGUCUCGCGGCGGUAAACGGAGACCACUCCGUGGUAUGCGCGUGUUACCAGUAAAAACGCGACGAGGGGGAAGACGUGUAUUUCUUACAUUAUAAUGUUUUAUAAGGAGGAAAUUUUUCGUACACGACUUACAGAAGUGACGACCGCGACAGUCGGCGAGCGGCUGCAAACCGAACAGUCGCAUAAUACAGUCCGCGCGAUAAACGAUGAACGAUGCGUUUACGAUAAAUUAAUCGUUUUCGAGUGACCAGCAAUGGGUGAAGAAUAUUUUCGCGAUGUCGUCGGCCUUCGGAGAGAGAGAGAGAGAGAGAGAGAACCUCAGAUCGCGAUACGGCCGAUCAGACGCGACGAAUUUAUUCACAGCUAGUGCUAUCCGGACCACAUGUCCGGGUCCGACCAAAACGCCGCCCAUAAGUCAUGAAACCGAUUAAUUUUUUCCCGGGUCUCAAAUCGUAAUUAAUCAUGGUCCAUAACUCAAUAAGCGCGUAUACUCGGUGGUACGUAAUUUCGCGUGAAAUUCUAAAAUUUCGAUUAUCAUAAGUUAUUGUUUCACCUACUAAUUUGUAUGAUAUCGUAUAAAAGUAUAAUAUAAUUGAUAGAACGACCACACAUAUUCAUAAUUUUUUCGUGGGAAGGUAGCAAACCGAUUUGUGUGGGAAUGAGCCCAGAAAACAAAACAGUAAAUUUAGGAUAUUAUAAAAUUGUUAUGUUUUAAAAUUUUUUAUUUAUGUUUUUCAGACAGGAAUACACUUUUUUACGACAAUGUCACUGACGUGGGAUUAUACAGAAGUGACUUUGAGAGUUAAUAUUUACCUACAUUUUUAAUUUUCUAAAAUAUGAUGCACGUCACGAAUCGGGUUUGUGUGUCCUCAAUCAUUAUUAGUAAAAGGUACCCAAAUUAACCAGUUUCCGAACCUCAAACAUUCGUAACACGCGGUGCGGCACUCAACCAUAUAUAGGUCCCAUCUGACUUUGGAUUGGCACGUAGCCCGAUGUGGGUGCGCGUCGUCGGCUCGCGAUAUUCUCCGUACCUAUCUGUGUAUUAUGCACAUCGUUUACCAUUAAACCUCUACCGGGCCCGAUACAGAGAAACCGCGGCGGUCUCGAACGCUGCUAUUAGUCGGACGGACGCCUUUUUCUCUUUAUUUUCUUACGGCCGUACUUUGCACGUGGCACUCGCAGCAGAAAAUAAUUUCACGUUCAGCUGCGGACAAAAAACUUUGCGAAUUAUUCGAAGUACACAAUAUGGGUAUCAUACCGGCACACGGCCCCGAGACCGGGUUCUCUCGGUUUUCGCGUGUCGGUCGAACGGUCAAAAUAUCGUGGCGACCCAUCCAGUACACACGAAACAGAAUCGCGAUGAUAACGUCGACGGCGUCACCGCGAGACGGUGGCGCGCGCGCCAUUGGCCGACCGCCGGGCGGCGCGCGUGGCCGUUAAAAAGUGGCGGGCGAACGCGGCGUGCACGUCUCGCGAGGCUUCCGACACGGAACGCGUCGGCAGUAGACUUGUACGCGGAGGCAGCGACGACGACGACGACGACGACGACAAAAUAUUAUUAUUGCAGCGUGCUCCUCCUCCGGAUCCGAUCGUAGUGGUUUUUGUUUUUCACCUGAGAUUUUUCCCUUUUCGGCUUCCACGCGAUCCCUGCCGGCCAGACCAUAAUAUAUAUACAACACGAUAUUACAAUAUCGUCGUACAGAAACACGAGCAUCCAGAGCCGUCGUGUCGUCGCGACGACUUUACAACGCGAGACGACGACGACGAAAUCGUUAUCGUCGUGACAUUAUCACGUGACAAUACAGAUUUUAUAAUAUCAAUUGCCGCCGAAAGUGUGCGAAAUCGCGAUUUUCUCGUUCCGACGAGAAGAAGCUCGCGUAGUAUAACAGUCGCACGCGUAGUAGCCGUCGGCCACGGCCAGGAGACGCGCACCGAGUAGCCCGUCGUCGCCGUCCCGAGAGUUCAUCGUCGUCAUCGCAUUAUUGCAAAAACAACCGACAAGAAUGGCACGCGACACGCCGGACGAAUCAGUUCCGCUAGAAUUAAUCAUACCGGGUAACACGACAAAAAGAGGAUCAUUGGUCAGUAGUCGUUUCAUUGAUUUAGCCGCCGAUGGAUUAUCGAACGGCCAUUCGAACGUCCCUGUCCAAAAACCGCUGAAACUGAAGAACCUCAUAUCCAAAGGAGAAGCAUUCGAUUCAUUGCACCAUAAUUCUACCAAGCCCCCGUUGUGUAACGAAAGAGCAUGUCUGGGCAGUGUUAUGCUUCCGCCGGCAUUCCAUAACUCAACAGUAAGACCAAAAGCUGAAGUACUAGACCUGGCUGAAGAUUUUAUGAAACAAUAUUUCGCCUCCAUUAAAAGGUCCAAUACUCCAGCGUACGAGACCAGAUGGGAACAAGUACAACAAGAAGUUAAUUCUACCGGUACUUAUCAACUUACAGAAACUGAAUUGGUAUUUGGUGCCAAAUUAGCGUGGAGGAAUUCUGCCAGAUGCAUCGGACGAAUACAAUGGGCUAAACUGCAGAUGUUUGAUUGUAGAUCAGUGACAACGACUAGCAACAUGUUCGAAGCAAUUUGCAACCACAUCAAGUACAGCACAAACAAGGGUAACAUAAGAUCAGCUAUAACUGUAUUUCAACAAAGGACCGACGGUCGGCAUGAUUUUCGAGUUUGGAACUCUCAACUAAUUUCUUACGCCGGAUACAAACAACCAGAUGGAACAAUCAUUGGCGACCCGAUGAACGUAGAAUUCACUGACGUGUGUACGAAACUUGGUUGGCGUGGAAAGGGCACAAGAUGGGAUUUGCUGCCUUUAGUGCUAUCAGCAAACGGUCACGAUCCAGAUUAUUUCGAUUUACCGAGGGAACUAAUUUUGGAGGUUUCGCUUAUUCAUCCUUCAUUCGAUUGGUUUUCUGACUUGGGUCUCCGAUGGUACUGUCUUCCCGCAGUAUCCGGAAUGAUGUUUGACUGUGGAGGAAUCCAGUUCACAGCAUGUCCGUUCAACGGGUGGUACAUGAGUUCGGAAAUCGGGUGUAGGAAUCUAUGCGAUCCACACAGAUACAAUGUUCUGGAUGACGUUUUAGAACGUAUGAAAAGCGAAUUGAAAAAUUAUGGAUUUUUGAAAAAAGAUCGAGCUCUUGUUGAAGUGAACUUAGCCGUACUUUACAGUUUCCAAUCAAACAAUAUCACGAUAAUGGAUCAUCACACUGCAUCUGAAUCGUUUAUGAAGCACUACGACAAUGAGUUAAGAACAAGAAAGGGCUGCCCCGCUGAUUGGGUAUGGAUUGUGCCUCCAAUUUCUGGCUCCAUCACACCUGUUUUUCACCAAGAAAUGGUCAGCUACGAACUUCACCCAAUGUAUGCUUAUCAGGAACCAGCCUGGAAAACUCAUGUUUGGAAAAAAGGACAAAAUCAAGGAAAAUCUUUAAAGAAACAGAGACGAAAGUUCCAUUUUAAACAAAUCGCUAGAGCUGUGAAAUUCACAUCGAAAUUGUUUGGGCAAGCAUUAUCUCGUAGGAUUAAAGCAACCAUACUAUAUGCAACAGAAACCGGAAGAUCAGAAAUGUAUGCAAAAAAAUUGGGUGAAAUAUUUGCACAUGCUUUUCAUUCCCAGGUAAUGAGCAUGGACGAAUAUGAUAUGACAAGUAUUGAACACGAGGCGUUAUUGUUAGUCGUCGUAUCAACUUUUGGAAAUGGUGAUCCUCCCGAGAAUGGACAGGAAUUUGCACAACAAUUGCAUUCAAUGAAAAUGGAACACGAAGGCACUAAUUCUAAUAAAUCGCUUGCCGUUAAAUCAUCACCUCUCAGCUCCGCUUCAUUUAUAAAGGCAAAUAGUCUUUCAGAAUGCCACCAUUUAACUGAACUAAAUGAUUUGUCUAACAGAGAUUCGACAGAUGUAGAUAACUUCGGACCACUUGGAAACGUCAGAUUUGCAGUGUUUGGAUUGGGUUCGAGUGCGUAUCCAAACUUCUGUGCAUUUGGAUCGUAUGUUGAUAAUCUUCUGGGUGAGCUUGGUGGAGAACGACUGAUCAAACUCAAUAAAGGCGACGAGAUGUGUGGCCAAGAGCAAGCCUUUAAAAAAUGGGCUACUGAUGUUUUUCAUGUGAGCAGACUUAAAACAAUGUUGACAUCAAAAGUGGCAUGUGAAACGUUCUGUCUGGAUAUGGACGAAUCUCUUAGCGAAGCGUCACAAGUACUUCAUAACGAAAAGCUGUCCGCGUCUACGGUUCGAUUCGUGAACAAUGCUGAACCGGACGAUCUCAAUUCCGCAUAUGCGCACUAUCACAACAAACGAGUUUGGACGUGCAGACUGUCCAACAAACGGAACUUGAUGAGCAACGGCGAAGAUGGCAAGAGUGACCGAGUGACAUUGUGGCUGGAGAUUGACGUGGACGAUUGGGCGAAAUCGGAGAAAAUAAUGUAUAGGCCCGGCGAUCACGUGGGCAUGUUCGCCACCAACCGAGAUGAACUGGUAUCUGGUAUUAUUCCGUACUUGCAAUGUGAUCAAGACCCCGACGAACCGAUGGAACUUCAAAUGCUCAAAGAAAAACAUACGUCUACAGGUGUCUCGAAGAAUUGGUCACCCCACGAGAAGAUACCGAGAUGCUCCCUGCGAACUUUAUUGACACGAUUCUUAGACAUCACUACGCCGCCUACACCAAAUAUGCUACAAUUUUUCGCUUCAUGUGCCACUGAUCCCACUGAUAAAAAGAAUCUCAUCGCAUUAGCAACAGACAGUGCCGCUUACGAAGAUUGGCGUCAUUGGAAUUUACCCAAUCUUCUAGAAAUUUUCCAAGAGUUUCCUUCCAUUAAACCACCCGCUGCUUUAUUAGUCGCACAGCUUACACCGUUACAACCGAGAUUUUACAGUAUUUCUUCGUCAAGUUUAUUACAUCCACACAAAGUGCACCUCACUGUCGCAGUAGUGACUUAUAAAACUAAAGGUGGAAAAGGCGUAUUACAUUAUGGCGUAUGUUCUAAUUACUUGUUGGAUGCCAACACAAAUGACACGGUUUACAUGUUUAUUCGAAGCGCACCAAAUUUCCAUUUGCCCGAAGACGUGGUAAAGCCAUUAAUACUUGUGGGUCCUGGUACAGGUAUCGCCCCGUUCCGAGGGUUUUGGCAACACAGAUACGCACAGAAGAAAAACGGCAUUGAUACCAAAAUGGGCAGGACCAUGUUGUUCUUCGGAUGCCAAUACAAAUCGAUGGAUCUCUACAAAGCGGACAAGAUGGAAAUGAUAAAAGAAGGCGUAUUAGACAAGACUUACUUGGCGCUAUCCAGGGAACCAUCGAUUCCGAAGACUUAUGUACAGGACUUGAUGCUGAAGGAAGCGAAAAUGAUAUACGAAUUAAUAGCCGUGGAAAGGGGACACUUUUACGUGUGCGGCGAUUGUAAAAUGGCCGAGAACGUAUACCAGACCCUCAAGUCGAUAAUUCAAGAGCAGACCGGCAUGAAUUCGACACAGUCCGAUAACUUCAUGUUGGGAUUACGGGACGACAACCGCUAUCACGAAGACAUAUUCGGCAUAACGCUGAGGACGGCCGAGGUGCACAACAGUUCAAGGCUGUCCGCUCGGAUCCGAAUGGCGUCCGAGACGCUUCCAUAACGUUCAAUUUGGCCUACAAUAGGCAACAUGUUGGCUAAGUCAAUAGCAACGAUACAAGAAUUUAGAGACAAAAAAUUGUAAACGUUUUACCCUUUAUAAGUACCUAAUAUCAUAAUAUCAUGCGUAUGUAGACACGAGUGUAAAAAUAUUUUUAUUUUUUUCGGAUAUUUCCAAAUUUCAAACUAUAUGAUAAUAACAAUAGUAAUAAUAAUACGAUGUGCUUACUCCACCCCUCACCCCCCUAUCUUCUACACACCCACUCGGCAAGCCACCAACGCACACUAUCAUCAUAAUGCUGUGAUCCGCUCGCAUUUAUGCAGUGAGUAUAGGAACCUGUAUGUUAUGUAUUAUACACGCCACCCACUCUCGCCGAAAACAUAAAAAGGAAAGCGUCUUUGCCCAUUAAUUAUUGGAUGCUUAAAAAAUGGGAAUAAAAACAUUUCUGUUUUUAUUUUUUUUUUUUUAUGAUUUCGUGUCCUCAUUCUGGCGAUGUAUGCCUACGUGCUACCCACUUAUGCGUUUUAAACGAUCUCACAUAUUAUAAUAUGGGUAGCGUAUAUGUAUACUUGACGAAAACGCACAAGUUUCCGUUUUGUUUCGAAUUCAGUUGAUCAAAAAAUCAUAUUACACCUACAUGGUUAAUGUAUUAUAAUAUGGCAUCAGUGAAAACGAUUUUCGGAACGUCGUCGGACAUAAUAUUGUAAUGUCAUCUAUCCAUUCAAUUUUAAUUAAUUCAACAACGUAUUAUUUUGUAAUUUAGGCAAUAUUAUCUAUAUGACUGUACAUAUUAUUACACAUUUUAAUAUACAAUACACUUAAUUAGGUAUAGUAUUAUAUAAUAUGUAUAAGGACAUAACUAUAUGUAGGUACCUAUGUAUAUGAAUGCAACUUAACCAAUACCUAUGCGAUUGAAAUGUUGUUAGUUAGAUAUUAUAUUAGUUGUAUUUUAACGUACUUAGUAAAAGCAUUAUAUAUUAAUAAUCUAAGUCAGUGGUUCUCAAUUUUUUUUUAUCCCAAUACAAAUUAGAAAUUGUUCACGUAUCACUUGAAACUAAUAGGCAUAUAAUGUUUAAUAUUAAUAAUUAUUCUAAUUGUUUUCUUUAAUGUCACGUGCCAUCUACCAGCAUUCCGUGUAAUAUUUAUUGAGAACCUCUGACCUAAGUUAAUAAUUAAAUAGUUGUAGUUUCGACUAAGUAAUACUAACCAUGAAAUUCAUCUUGAAUUUGUUUGUAAAAUAUCCUCUAUUGUAUAAAAUACAUAUAAAUAUAUUCUUUUACGUUACCAAAAAUAUUUACAUUUAAAUCUUUUAAAUCAAUAUUUGAAUAAAACAACAAUACAUGGUUUUUAUUAUUAUCUUAUAAUCACUUUAACGCGUCAAUUUAUUCCAUUUUUUUUUUUUUUUUUUUAAUAAGGUUUUUUUGCUCUACAUAUAUUUCUUAUUAUAAUAUAUACUUAUUAUCUUUGUUAUUUUAUACUAUUAUGGGUGUACCUAAAUAUUUUUAUCGUUUUUCGAUUAAUAAUUUUUAAAAAAAAAAUAUCAUUCCUAUUGCUAUUAAUUAUUAAUAUAUUAUGUAAAUAUUGUAUUGUUUUUCGAUUUAAUUAUAUAAUAUUAUAAAUUAUAUAUAUAUACCUAGAUAAUAUUCUAGGCAUACUCAGA